AUGUCUGCGGGAGGGUUUGCCGAACAGUUUCUCUAUUCUUUCGACAGCAGGGAAUUCCCGGAGUCUCCUAUCGCUCGUUCUUUUCCAGGCUCACUUCCACGACAAAUUGAAUGCUUCUCGUGUAUGUCUUUAUCGUAUCAAACCAGUUGGAAAUAUCUACAGGCUACCUACAUCUAUCCAAAGGUAUUCACGGAUCGAUGUAGGGAUCCAGGUAGUGAACGUGGGAUGCCAACGGUGCCUUGUUCCACAGUUUGUAUAUCAUUGCUGGAACCAGACAUAGAAGCCGGUGUCUUCAUUGGUUACAAGCACAUUCGUGGUUGUAUGGAUCGAGUUUUACGGCAUGGCUUCAAUCAAACCGCAUUGAGAACGCACCGGUUUCAUCACCAUAAUCAAUGUCGGACUCUGUCACGAGCCCACCUUUUCAAUCCAGCUCGAGCUGCUGAUCCACCUGCGAUUGGAGACGUGCAGUUGUGUAGUUGCUAUGGUGACCGAUGUAAUGGCAAUAAUCAGGGAGCACAACUACUUACCAAAUUCGCUUCUCUUCUGAUCAUGACCACCUUUCUGCUGACUUGGUUUCAAUAG